CCCGUCCACCUCAAGGAUUUAUCUUUCUACCUUUACCCUCCGGUAUCGUUCAUCUUCAUUAUUUACCUUCUUUCCUUUUUAGAAUUCCCAUUCUCUCCUUCACAUAUCUGCAAAAGAAAUUUCUACAAACUAAACGAGAACAAACCAGAACAAUGGCUCCCAAAGGUCCCUACAAGUUAUGCACUGUCAACACGGCGCCUGAGAGAGCGAAGCGUCUUGUUGGCCGAGUUGUCGAGGACGUCAAGGAGGAAUUUACGAUUGUGCAUGCUGAGAAUGCUGAGAGAAUAGAAGAUGUCAAGGCGAUGUGUGAAAGGAACAAACCUGAUGUUCUGUUCUGCGCAUCAAUGUGGACCAAAGAAGAGAGUGACGAGAUCCAGAGGAUAGCGAAGGAGACAGUACCUGGCAUCAAGACGAUGGCUAUCCCCCAAGGACUGCAAGUUGAGAAGGGACCUGAUGCUAUCGUGGCGUUCUUGAAGGAGAAGUGGCCGGGAUUGGUCGAAGCUUAAAUGCUGUCCUUGAGCUUCUGAGAUGGGUGAUACCUAUUUCAUUCAACUUGUUAAAAGCAGUGGUCUUGAAAGAGCCCCUUUGUCACGUUUCGAGUCGGGAGCAAGCUUUGAAAGAAGAAUACCUACUCGCGAUAGAUGUACUUAUGAAUAUAGAACCACAACACGAGAUAGACGAUUUCGCUUUUCUCACGCUCAAACUUUACCUCACGACAUCUUCGGCCAUUCCGAUGCACCUUUCUAUCUUUUGAACUCCAU